AUGUCCUCCGCAAUGGAGGUGGUGCGACAUGUCAAAGCCUCGGGGGGCAUCUUGGACUCCAUCUGCAACCUCAUCAUUCGCCCUCCGCGGGCGGCGUACGACCCGGAGACCGACUUGGGCCCGGAGGUGUUCCGCGUCGACGACGGCGACUCAGAGCGCUACAAGCGCAGUGAUUUGACGCUGUGGAACAUGCGCGAUGAGAAGGUGGUCUGCUCCUGGUUCCACCCGCUGCACGAGCAGCGGCGGCCCUGUGUGGUGUACUUGCACGCAAACUGCGGCUCACGCUACGACGCGUUGGAGGCGCUCUUCCUCCUGCGCCAUGGCUUCUCGCUGUUUGCCUUCGACGCUACGGGGAGCGGGUUGUCCGACGGCGAAUACGUGUCGCUUGGCUUCUACGAGCGGCAGGACUUGGCGACGGUGGUGGAAUACCUCGCGGCGCAGCGGGAGGUCGCCGGCAUCGGCCUAUGGGGGCGCAGCAUGGGCGCUGUCGCCUCCAUCAUGUACGCCGCCAAGGAUCCCUCUAUAAAGUGCAUUGUCUGUGACUCACCGUUCUCCACGCUGCGACUGCUCAUCAAGGAUUUAGUGAGGCGGCACGGGUCGAAGCAUUUUCCAUCGCUCAUUAUCAACACAAUUGUGGGUCGCAUCCGUAAACGGAUCGCCCAGAGUGCCAAUUUUGACAUUGAUGACAUCAGCGCAGUCAAAUACGCCUCGGAGUGUGUCGUGCCAGCCUUUAUAUUCCACGGCGCCAAAGACGACUUCGUGGCGCCGCAGCACUCCAUAACUGUGUGCAACGCCUUCAAGGGCUCGGCUCUGCAUCACGUAGUGGUGGGAGGACACAACGAUGAGCGAGACAGUACAGUGCAGGACACUAUUAGAAACUUCUUCACACUCUAUCUCCUACUGAAGCCGGAGGGGGAGCGGCUGCGGCACGUGCAGCUAGAAUCCGUUGUGGGGAAGGAGCAGAAACAUGAAGUAUCGGCGCCUUCUCACACCAAGAACAAGAGCAAUGAGGAUGAGAGCAGCAGCGACGAUGAAGAGAAUCACACCAGCAGCACUAACGACAACAGGAACAAGGCGUGCUCUGACUCGGUGAGUUAUGCCCCGUUGGAGCAGAUCAGGUUUUCCAAGCUACGGCUUCGCGAAGCGGACGGUUCACUGGCACCGGCAUGCAACGUUGACGGUGCACAGGAAGAAAGCGUAGAGCCACCUGCGUGA